AUGACCACACGCUCGAGACCUGGCUGGUCAUUCUGGACCUCGAGGUUCCUCGUAUUCUUUCAUGCGUUAUCGAAUGCUAGCCCAGUUGACCCGGGUCAUAUCUCUGCUAGAUCGGAUCCGCUGACUGUCGACCUUGGAUAUGCUAUAUACAGAGGAUAUCUAGACAAUGUCACGGGCCUCAACAACUUCAGGGGCAUACAAUACGCUGCGCCUCCCGUCGGUAACCUGCGCUGGCAAAAACCUCAACCACCAAUAACACAGACUGAACCUAUCGUUCUAUCCGCCGAGUGGCCUCCGGUGUGUCCGCAGAGUCCGGCCGCGCCCUUUACCCCUUCCCCCACUCCGGAUCCCCCGGGGAAUGAGGACUGUCUGUAUCUAUCUGUCAUUGCUCCCCCGGCUGCCAAGGAACUCCCCGUACUCUUCUUCAUCCACGGCGGCGGCUACGGUAGUGGGAACGAGGCACUCGAGUUUAAUGACCUGAUGAAGAACAAUGGCAACGGCUUUGUCUAUGUCAGUAUCCAGUACCGCCUGGGCGCCUUCGGUUUCCUGUCAUCCGCUGCCGUACAUCGUCACGGGGUUGCCAAUGCAGGCCUCUGGGAUGUCAAGGCUGCCCUAGAGUGGGUGAACAAUCAUAUCGGCGGCUUCGGCGGUGAUCCCAGCCGCAUCACCAUCGCUGGCGAAUCUGCUGGCGGAGGCGCUGUCAUGACACUCGUGAUGGCCGAAGGCGGCACCUGGGGAACGAGGAUGUUUCAAAACGCCCUGGCCGCAAGCCCAUACCUUCCUCAACAGUACAACUACGACGGCCCUCUCCCCGAGUCUACUUAUGCUGGGUUUGCUAUUGCCGCUGGGUGCCUCGACGAAAAUGCGCCUGCAGGUGACGCUACCGUUUUUGCUUGCCUCCAAGCCACCGACAGCGGGACACUUCAGAAAGCCAACCAGAAGGUCAACAGCGUCGGACGUUAUGGCUCCUGGUCAUUCCUUCCCGUUACCGAUGGCGAGUUUCUGAGGGACUUGCCAUCUGUACAACUGCGCAGUGGCUCGGUGAAUGGCGCACGUUUCCUUUCGGGGACUAAAGCUGAUGCGGAGCAGCACAACGCAAACGAGGGAGCUGUCUUCAUGCCCGCUGUGGUGGACGAGAGUGCCUUCACCUCGUGGCUGAAGUCUAGCUUCCCAGUAAUGAACGAGGAAGAGCUCGACAAGUUGGCAGAGACGUACGCAAUUGACCCGAUCGUUCCCGGCCAACCUUGGUUUGCAACGCUUGGAGACAGCGGACCGACGGCGCUGAACCAAUCCUCUUUCGCCGUUGGAUACCAACAGGCUGCCGACAACCUGUUCUCAGAGGCUACUUUUGUCUGCCCAUCGUACUGGUUGUCAGACGCGUUCGGACGGUCAGGCGGGAACUCGUGGCACUACCAGUUCUCCGUCCCUCCCGCUCAGCACGCCGGCGACCUGAACGCGUACUGGGUCGCCAACGGUGUCCAUCCCGGAGACGGCACACUGACCGAGCAUUUCCGUCUCGGCAUGCAGAGGAUCUGGGGCAACUUUAUCAUUCGCGAUGACCCCAGACUUUCAGAUGAGCUCGUCGCCCAGCUCGCUGGAGAAGGUGGCGUCAACGGGAAGUUCGACGCGGCGAGCUCGAGAAGCUGGAAGACCUGGUGCGGCGGAGCUAACGGCUCGCCCAUGCUCAACCUCAACAUGACUGGAGGCAUAGAGGUUACGGCCAACAUGACCUACGCCUACGGGGAGACUGUUAACUUAACGCAGUAUGCUGAACCUGGUCUCUCCGUAGCAUGGAGCCUUGUCGAUGCGUACACGUGGGAAGGCGGUAGGGGCAGGCGGUGCGAUGUCUUGGCUGAGCUGGGACCCAGUGUGCCAGAGUAG